AUGUUGGCAGGGGAAAGAAGUGCAGCGAGCUGGCAGGGCAGAGAAAGGUGGCAAAACAAAGAGGAGCAGCAACUGGUGGGUGUGACAGAGACUUGUGAGAGUUCCCAGUCUCCCGGGGACACAAUAGAAGGGAAAAAAAAUCCUUUGUACUCCCACUACAAGGAGUCAAAAACAAAAGUGAAGUUUUGGAGCUAUUAUCUUUGUAUCAUUACUGUUCAAAUUAUAAUCAUGUUCACAGUAUUAUACAACAUUCAAGAACAUCAACCAAACAUCGGUCACAUGGAGGAUAGAGGUGAAAACCAAGCUCUUUCCUUAUCACAAGCCUGCAAUGCAGCCCUGGAGAAGAAGACAGUGCGUAUUUUGACAAAUGCAUUAUCCACAACAUUUGGACUAGAUCGUUGCCCUUCCUAUGUGGUGGAAAACCACUAUAUCACAAUUCCUCUGUCUGUGGAAGAAGCUGCAUUCCCUUUGGCAUAUGUAAUGACCAUUGGUCAUAAUUUUGACACAUUUGAAUGACUCUUUUGAGCUAUUUAUAUGCCUCAAAAUGUCUACUGUAUUCAUUUAGAUAAGAAGGCUACGUACAAAUUUAAACUUAAUGUGGGACAAUUAUUGGAGUGCUUCCCCAAUGCUUUUAUAGCCUCAAAGUCUGAGUAUAUCACUUAUGAGGGAAUAUCCAGACUCCAAGCUGAACUGAUCUGCAUGAGAGAACUUCUAGCUUCACAUGUACACUGGAGAUAUGUCAUUAACAUAUGUGGUUACAAUUUCCCCCUAAAAACCAACAAGGAGAUAGUUCAGUAUUUGAAAACAUUAAAUGGGAAAAACAUUACCCCCCACUUAGCAUCCAUUCAGAAAUCUGCUGAAAGGAUCAAAUAUGUCCAUGAAGAACAGAGAAUCAGAACAGACUCUUUAGUCCUACCGAAACGUAAAAAGAAGAACCCACCUCCAAAUCAGCUUAAAAUCCACUUUGGGUCAGCUUAUGUUGCUCUAACAAGGCAAUUUGUUCAUUUUGCUCUUUUUAAUAAAAUAGCAAUUGAGUUAUUCCAGUGGUCCCAAGAUACUUACAGUCCAGGUGAACAUUUCUGGAUUACUCUUAACAGUAUUCCAGAUGAGUAUGGUUUCCUUUCUUAUUUCUAUUUUGAUUGUUACUUUUUAGUUUUUAAUUGGGACAAUAUAUAA